AUGGCAUUCAAAAUAUCACGCUCUCAACGCUUGACUGCCGUUAUUGGAAUUGCUUCGAUCUUCUUCAUCGCCGAAAUCUCAGUUGGGUUCUAUACACAUUCUAUAGCCCUGGUCGCCGAUGCUUUUCAUUAUCUCAAUGACUUGGUCGGAUUCAUCGUGGCGUUGGUGGCCCUCAAGGUAUCCGAGACAAACGAGCCCCCUAGAUCGCUGUCCUUCGGAUGGCAGCGAGCUCAACUAUUAGGCGCCUUCUUCAAUGGAGUGCUUCUUUUCGCUCUUGGCAUCAGUGUUUUCCUCCAAUCGAUCGAGCGUUUUGUGACUCUCCAGCGUGUGGAAGAUCCCAAACUCAUGCUAGUCAUGGGAUCCGUCGGUCUCGGUCUUAACCUUGUCAGUGCCAUAUUUCUUCACGUGUCCCAUGGACACGAUCUCGGAAUGAUGGGCGUAUUGCUCCAUGUCAUCGGGGAUGCCAUUAAUAACAUCGGAGUGAUGGUGGCCGCCUUGGUCAUUUGGUUGACACAUUACGAAGGACGAUAUUAUGCGGACCCGGGAACCAGCAUGGGCAUCGCAAUUAUGAUCAUUUUGUCCUCACUUCCACUUGUGCGUCGAUCGGGGUUUAUCUUAUUGGAAAGUGUGCCGAAUGAGAUUAAUCCUGCAGAUGUCAAGCACGAUUUAGAAAAGAUCCCGGGUGUGCUGUCCAUCCACGAGCUACACAUUUGGCGCCUCAACCAGCAAAAGACUCUUGCGUCCGUUCAUGUUGUGGUGUCCGAUCCUUCCGUGUCUCAUUUUCUGAAGCUGGCCAAGAUAAUCAACGAGUGCUUUCACGCGUACGGGAUUCACUCGGCAACCCUGCAGCCUGAGAUUCCAGGACCGGGAGAAGUCAUCAUGCUCGGACAAGACGCCGAGAAGAUGGAAACGGUGGAGAUAGAGACGAAACUACCGGGGAAGUGCCAGGUUGUGUGUGGAGAGCUGUGUGAGGCAUUGACAUGCUGUGGGUGA